AAAGAGAGAUCCUCGACCUACUGGUUUACUCCACAAAUAACUACAAUAACCAGGGCUAGGCCAGGCUGCAGCCAGGAGCUUCUUCUGGGUCUCCUACAUGGGUGCAGAGGCCCAAGCACUUGAGACAUCAUCCACAGCUUUCCCGGGCACAUUAUCAGGGAGCUAGAUCAGAAAUGGAGCAACUGGGUUACAAACUGGUGCCCACAUGCAAUGCAGGUAUCUCAGGAGGAGGCUUAACCUGCAAUACCACAGUGCCAGCCCCUACUUAACCUUUGUAUCUCAAUUUCCUUCACCGUCAAAUGACAACAAUAAUACAGCAACAUUACAAUAAAGUAACAAAUAUUCUUCCAAUGAAUUCAUGUGGAUAAAGUGCUGAGAACAGUACCUGGCACUUUUAUAUAAGCCCCAGUUAUUGUAAUUACUAUUAUCAUUAUUGUUGCUGUUAUUGUCUUUCAAAACAGUACAAUAUUCGAUCCUACCCAGGAUGAAGACUAUGCUUUAUCCAUUUUGCUGUGACUUCAUUUCCCCUUACUCUGAAGAUUACGUCUUCUUUACCUCCCUAUCUAUAAUAACUAUGACCUUAUUAUUGAGGAAAAAAUUCAUUCAUGCAGUCCUGACUAAUUGGACUAGAAAGAUGAGGACCAAAGGCCGCUUAACCACUGAGUUUCUGAGAAGGAAGGUGACAUCUUAUUUCUAUGCCUCCUUCUUCCCAGGAAAGAUGAAAAAUUUCCUUGCUCUUUGGAAACUCUGACUGUGAAGAGUCAACACACAGAAACACUCUUAGCACUCAAAAACUUUCUAAUACAUCUUCCAACAUUGAAAGCUUCUGUCUGGUUUCCUGUAUGGAAAACCUCAUGUAUAAUGAGAUUUGAGAAUCAAGUAAAUUCAUAGGAGAAUUGGGAAUGCUUGGAUAGCUUCACUAUUUUGUUCAAUUUGAGUUUAUCAUGGAAGGUCAUACAUUUUACGUCCCUCUAGGCUGCUCCCCAUCACUCCUGGCAUGAACAAUCAUUUUUAAUUUUCAAAUUUUAUGGCUAGCACUUGAGCUACACCAGCUAAUCUCUGUCUAAGUAAUAAAGUCCUCUGCGUCCACCUUUAUUGAUUAAUCAUCUGUUAGAGUUUUUAAUAUCCAUUUGUGUUUAAUUUGCUGAUAUUAAAAAUGCCUCAUUCCUGAAAUUGAUGAAUGGUCUUCCAAAGACAGGCCACUGGUUUUGAUUUAUGGGAUACCAAGUUUACUAGUCUGGCUAGAAACUCGUGGAGAUCAUUGUAAUAAAGAAUGCUUUAAGGGACAUGUCUCAGAUGUUCAAAAGCUUCUCUAUUGUCUAGAGGAAAAAUUUUGUUAAUUUUAUUUUAUUCAGACUUCUUUGAGGACCCUCUACCACCUGGUUCCAGCAAGAUUCCCCCCACGGAAACCACCAUUUAUUUCUGCAAAUUACUGUUUCUUUGGGCCAGAAGGACCAUUUCACAGUCUCCCAAACAAACUUUAUGCACUGCUUCCUAAUUUUCAGCAAUGACAAUGCAGUUUAUUAGUCAUCAGUUCCCUGAUUACCAUGACCCUACUAUAGAAGAUGCUUAUAAGACCCAGGUCAGGAUUGACAAUGAACCAGCUUACUUGGACAUCUUGGACACCGCUGGACAGGCAGAAUUCACAGCCAUGAGGGAGCAGUACAUGCGAGGUGGGGAGGGCUUUAUCAUCUGCUACUCCGUCACUGACCGCCAGUCAUUCCAGGAGGCUGCCAAGUUUAAAGAGCUCAUUUUUCAGGUCCGCCACACCUAUGAAAUUCCCUUGGUGCUGGUGGGUAACAAAAUUGACCUGGAACAGUUCCGUCAGGUCUCUACAGAAGAAGGCUUGAAUCUGGCCCGAGAAUAUAACUGUGCUUUUUUUGAGACCUCUGCAGCCCUCAGAUUCUGUAUUGAUGAUGCCUUUCAUGGCUUAGUGAGGGAAAUCCGCAAAAAGGAAUCCACACCAUCCUUGAUGGAGAAGAAACUGAAGAGAAAGGACAGCCUCUGGAAGAAGCUAAAAGGCUCAUUAAAGAAGAAAAAAGAAAACAUGACAUGAGAUCCCUGUUUUUAAAUCUCUCUCUGAAUUUCAUCAGUCAGAAAAUUCCAGGUGUAGCAUUUUGUUUCAAUAUUCUCUGUCUCUGUCUCUCUUUAAAUGUCUGCCUGUAGGUAAAAGCAAGAUCUGCAUAACUGUACCUCUUGAGAUAGUUUUGUUUUGCCUUUAACAGUUGGAUGGAUUUUGUCAAUCAGCCGGAUAUGCUGUUUAGUUUUUACAAUAUAUUGCUAAAUAAAAUUGACAUUCCAAUUGCCUCA